AUGCCAUCAUGGAAUUAUACAUUCUAUGAAAUGCAGAAGUAUUUCAAAGAAAAGCGGAUAGAGUUAAACAAAAUUGAUUUACCUCCAGAUCGAUCAAACCGACAAGCUUGAGUAGAAGACCAAAAAUUGUUUGUACUCCAAACUUUAAAUGAGGAUAUUUCCAAGUGAGAGGCAAACACAAAUAAAGCGUGUGAUGCCACUAAUGCAAUUGCAAAUCGAUUAGAAUUUUGAUCAAAAAUUAUGAAUACCUCAAGCGACAGCUUUAUAAUAAUACCAAGAAAACUUCUUUCAUGCUACGAAAUAUGCACUCUCAUACAAAACUCAGACAUUAAAAUAAAGAAAAAUUGAGAAUUCGCUUAUUCAGCACUUUCAUUUGAAGAUCUCAUAAGAGAUGAAAAUGUUUACGUAGAUAAGACGCUAUUUAUAAAAGAAGUCUUAGAUGAUACGAAUUAUGCUAUUCUGAUCACUAGACCUCGAGGAUGGGCAAAAGCCUAA